GUGGGACCUGCUCACCCUGAGCACCUCAGUGCUAGUCUGUGUGCUUGAAAAUGCCCCUGACAUAGCCACAAUCUGGGGGUUUAAAUCAGGUUUUAUUUGAAUUUCAGGCAUGUCAAAAUGAAAUCUACCACGCUGUGACCCAAGAAACUUUUGUGGCUUUUGAAAGAAACUGUGGGCUUUUAUUUUUUUUCCUUAAAAAGACCACUGUAUUAUAGCAAUUACUUGUGAAUUCUUGCUCUUUGGUCCCAGUGUAUCUCCUGGAAGGCGGCAUUCCACGGUGCUGGCUGUGCAGGUUUGGCAGUCGGGGCUCUGGAGCGGAUCCCGACGGAACGGCAGCAGCCGGUGGCUCAUCGGUGAACAUCGGCUGCCAUCCCCUGGCCACCGCCGCGCCGGGUGGGCGUCUGUCGCACGGGAGAGCAGUGCUGCGUUUCCAGCAGCCUGGGAAAUUCCUGUUUCCCAGAAACACCCUUCUCCAGCACACCUGGGUGGAGGAGGAGCUGCCCCUGUGAGCCAGGUGGGUGCUGUGCCCUGGCCGCUGCAUCCCGGCUCGGUGGCAGCAGAACACCACGGGCUGUCACCUGGGGAGAGGUGUUCAUGAGAAAUCGCUCGGUGGAGGGUUUGGGAUAAUUCCUCGUUACCCUGUUAGGUAAACCGACUCCCCAGGAGCCAUUGGAGCACAGCUGGUAGCACAGGAGAGGAGCCAGCUCCCGGGGGUUUGUGUCCUGCAGAGGAUGGCUCCUCUCUCCUUCCUUCUGCCCUGGUAAGCUUGUUUACAGAUGAGUCACUGGGUUUCAGGAACGUCAGAGAGGGCUGCCGGAGGAACCGAAAUGUGCUUUGUUUGUUACCAAAGCACUCACCGGGGGGACCGUGAGCAGGAAAAGGGGAAGCGGCUUUGGGUCACCCGCUCUCCGCAUUGCUCAGCGUGCAAGUGAGGAGAUGCCCCUCUGGGCUACAGCUGCUUCUCUCAGGAAAAAGGAGAGAGCUUUCCCCCUCUCCUGCAGUGCUUUUUAAACAUCUAUUUUCUGCACCUUAACCCAGAGGGGUUCCCCCAAGGAACUGGAGAUGAAGGACAGAUCUUUAAACUCGUUGCUGCAGAGCUGCUGUGGUGUGCAACACUUCCCUGUCCCCAUCGAGGCACAGGGACUGCAGGGACUCCUCUACACAUCAGCCACCAAUUCUCCUCCAGGUGUGUGGAGCAGAUGUUUCCUGACAGGAUGUUUCUCUGCUGCAAGAUGCCAGGUUUUUGAGGGAUGAACGUUUAGGAUGGGGAUGUACUGACACUUCAGCCAUCCAGGGCAAUGAGUGGAUCCCCUGGAUCACCAUGCCAACAUUUUCCUGGCACUAAGAGCUCCUCUGCACCAGCAAAUGUCAGGCACCUCCUCCAUGGACACCCAUCCCUGCACCUCUGUGUUGAGCUGUCGUGACAGCACUUGCCAGCCUGCACUGAACUUCCUCAUGGCUGGCAGAGACAGAACCCCCUCACCCCGCAGUCCUGGCUGCCCCCCUGUGCCCCUGCCAGCCUUUCCUCCCAGGACUGGGGGUCCCAGGUGUGUGCAGCACUAUCUUGAAAAGGUGAAGAAAAAGGCUUUACUCAGAAAAUGACUGUAACUUGUACAUUUGUAUUACUUCUCUAUGUUGAUAGCAGUGGUCCUGCUUUUCCCCAUGCAAGGUUCACAUGCAAGCCAGGGCCAACUCUGGCUGCUUUGUGCAGUUGCAGUCCCUGGUAUUUGUCCAUCUGUCUCAACAAAAAACGGCACAGUGUGUUUCAGAUGAGUCUGUUGGGCUGUCCAGCCUGUGCCAGCGGCUGCUCCAGGUCACUGACAGCCAGCAGUGCCAGUGGCUGGGACCCAGGGCUCCAGCCAUGGCUGCAGGGCUGCAUGCCAGGGGUGGCCUCUGCUCUGUGGGUGUUUAGGACUCGACUGGGGUGACUGCCAGGGUUGGCAAGCUGUGCUGCUGCCUGCCUGUCCUCCUUCUGCAUUGCUGACCUGUGACCUAGGGGCAGUGGGGACAGGCAGCCACCCCUGUGUCCCAUCCAGGCCUGGGGCUGCUUCCCAUGCUUCUCCAUCACACCCAGGAUCAGGGAAUCCAAAGCUUAUUCAAAGCUACAAUGAAUUGACAACAAACAAUAACUGCAGAGAAAAAACAACCCUGCCAGAAGUUCUCAGACUCAUAAAUCCUCCUCAACAUAUUUGCUGCUGGGACAAAAUCCUUUGCAAGACAGGAACCCCUUGCAAAACUUGAUUUUAGGAUGACUGCUGGGCAGUUGGUCCAUGCUCUGGCUGGUGCAGAUCAGAGCGAGACUCUGGUUGGGAUCACUCUGCUCUGGGAUGGACCAAUGGCUUAGUGGCCCUGGUGGCUCCCUGGCUGCUGGCAUAUCAUGCCAACACCUAGGGAGGGACUGCAGGGCACCUGGGGGUGUGACCACCCCCCCUGCACUGGUGGAUUCAAUGUGUGCCCCUGUCUGGGCACAGUGUGCCUGCCCUCCUCUUCACCCCCCUGUCACCCCUGCAUCUUCCUCGGGCCUGGCCAUCUGGGACAGGUGCAGGGAUGACAUCUGGCCAGGCUGUCCCUGGCACUGUGCCUGCCUGGGCCCUGCUGUGGCAGCCCCUUCUGUCCCUUCCUGAAGCCCCUCAGUUGACUUUGCUGUGUGUCCCCAGACCUGCCGUGCCAGAUAAGUCCUUGCUCCCCGCUGUGAGCCAAGUGCUGUGCUGAGGGCAUUGCUCUGCCCUCGCUCUGCCACGUUUUCAGCUCCUGCUCUCGGCCUUCAGCUCUCAUUUCCCUCUCCGGAACUGGAAGUCCUGCACUGACACCAUUAGCCAAAAGCAGUGUUAUUUUCCCCAUCUUUGCCAAAAGGUGAUUCUAGGGAUGCCAGAAAUGCCGAGCAAGUCAGAGAAUGUGCAGGUUGAGUUCGGAUGAGUGCCUGAGGCAGGCAGGGCCAUGAGGACAAAUCCUGGCAGAGCAGCAGCUGUUGGUGAGAAUCGCUGUGUGCAGGAAUGGAAAAAUUAAGCAGAUUUCUGUAACUGCCAAGCCUAAUUCUUAACUCCCCUGUGAGCACAAGGCACACCGAGAGCCUGGGGCUCUGCUAGGAGGGAUUUGUGUAACAUGCACCUAAACCACAGGUCACGUGGAGGCCUUUCCGCUCUCACCCUGGUGGGUGGCAGCGGGCGCAGUUCCGUGCCAUGGCGCAGGGCUUGGCAGGGCCGCUCUGAGCCCCUCGCCAUGGCCCUCAGGCGGCUCCUGCAGCAGAGCCACACCGCCAGCACCGUGGGCUGCAGCCCCGACGGGGAGCAGGCGCUGUCCUCGGCCGGCCGGAGGAUGCAGCACUUGGCCAGCGCGGUGGGGACGCUGCCCCGCGGGCGCAAACAGCUUGCCUUAGCCAGAUCCAGCUCCUCGGGUGACUCCUCCAGGCCGCAAAGGCACCUCGUUGCAAUAUUGAAAGAAGAUAAAGAGACGUUUGGGUUUGAAAUCCAGACCGUUAGGUUUCCAAACCAAAAUGAUUUCUCCUUGGAGGUGUGCACUUGCAUCUGCAAAAUUCAAGAGGAAAGUCCUGCCCAUCUCUCUGGCCUACAGACUGGCGACAUCCUCGUCAGCAUCAACGGCGUCAACACCGAGGGCUUUGGGCACAAGCAGAUAGUGGACUUGAUAAAGUCUUCAGGGAACUACUUGAGGCUGGAGACGGUCAAUGGGGCCUUGUUCCUGCGGAAAAUGGAGCUGGAGGCCAAGCUGCAGGUACUCAAGCAAGCGCUGCACCAGCGGUGGGGGGAGCUGCGGGCGCUGCUGGCCCGGGAGCGGCACUUGCUGCACGGGAAGGCGAACGACAACGCUCUGCUGGGCGCGCUGGACCUGGAAGAGCCCAGCUCGUGCGGCGGCUGCAGCUCGCCAGGACCCCUCUUCCCGAGCAAGCCCCGCUUCUCCAGCGAGAGCAGCUCCCGCAGCCGGCUGAGCUCGAUGACGGUGGGCAGCGAGGACAGCUUCUUCCAGGGCAGCGCCUUCGAGGACUCGGCUGCAGAGAGCCUGAGCCGCCAGUCCAGCGUGGACGAUGACUGUGUGUUCCCCAGGGACGGGGACGGUGCCGCCGGGAGGUGCUCCCUGCGCAGGAACCGCAGCAUCAGCCUGGCCAGCAGCGGCUCCAUGUCCCCGCUCUGGGAGAGCAGCAGCUACUCCAGUAGUUUUGGGACCCUCCCGCGGAAAAGCAGGAGAGCCAGUGUCCGGAAGCAUCUUCUGAAAUUCAUUCCAGGGUUUCACCGGGCGGUGGAAGAGGAAGAAAGUCGUGUCUGACGUCACACGUGUCACCCUCGAUGUCCGGGCUCUGCCCGUGGGACCGAGGCCGCCCCUCGCCCCGGGCACUCCGUGGGUGAAGGGCGGUGGCACGGCAGGGCACUCCUGCAGACAACAGCACUGAUGAGAUUUACACGGCUCUGGGCGUUUAAUUAUUUUCAUUUUUAAUCAGGGCACGCUGUGGACCUCUUCAUUAACGUGAGAAAUGUGAAGAACCUUUGCAGAACUUCCUCAGCGAACUUUAGUGUUAAUAAGAGUUUUUAAUUGAAUGCAAAAUUGAUAGCUAUUUAUUUCCUGUUACUGGAGUCAGUGGCUUCCAAAGGUCUUUAAUAAAGCAAGUGCUUCUACUAAAA